UUCAUAAACAAAUGGUAAAUGACUUACAUUUUAAUGAAUUGCUCAAGUAAUGCACUUAUCAUAUGUUAAUGCUACCUUUCUGGAAUCCAUGGCUGUGAGGAGGAAGCCAUCCAGCAAUUUUGAAGCUAUACCAUGGGAAACUGCAUCCGAAUCUUUACGGGGAUAAACCACUUUAACUCUCUCAGUCUGUAUUGUUAUGCAUUCCUGUCUGCUACGUUGCCACCCAAAUUCAGUUCUUGUCAUGAAUUUGGCUUUGGUCUGACAUUGAUCUUCGAAUUUGUGACAUGGAUGAAAUCUUACUUUGAUUCCGUGCAAUUAUUCAGUGAAAGAACUUUCUUGAUCGUCUAGCUUUUUUCCUUCUGUGUUAUUCGCCUACUGAAGCUUCUCAUUUUGCCGUUUCACUUUAUUUUGAGAAUAAGAAAAAGAGCACGAUAUACAUACAAACAUAUGUAAAUUCUUCCUAAUAAAAAUCACAUUAGCUGCUGGAUGCCGCUUCUAUAUCUGUUUUCUGUUAAAGGGUCUCUUUCUUAUUUAUAAAUUUUCCCCUUCUCUUCGCCUCAGAUGGAUCUGACCUCUCUCUGAUACGACAAGGGGUUUUUCCAGCUAUAGGUGAGUGACUCUUUCCAAUUACCUGAAGUUCAUUUCAAUUCCCAUGUUUUACUUUCUCUCCAGAACUCUUCUCCACCGGCGAUGCGCUGUCACAGGCUCAGCCGCUGCCCAAAAACUGUCUUUGGUUCAAAAACUCCCAUUUAGCCAAUUAUCUCCCAAACCCAUCUUAGCAAAAGUAAAUCAGCACUCAUCGGUAAUCUCAUUCCUGAUAAACGCAUGCGGGUUGUCUCCAAAAUCUGCUCUUUCAGCUUCCAAGAAACUCCAUUUUGAAACCUCUGAAAGACCAAACUUGGUCCUUAGUUUUUUCAAGAACCAUGGAUUCUCACGAACCCAGAUCUCAAAAAUCAUUGGGAGAACUCCGGAAUUACUUCUUUACCAGCCUGAGAAAACACUUCUGCCCAAGUUUGAAUUUUUUUACUCUAAAGGAAUUUCAAGUUCUGACCUUGCUGCACUUGUGUAUACUUGUCCUAGAGUUAUUGUAACGGGCUUGCAAAGCAAAAUAGUCCCUAGUUUCAACUGUCUUGAAGAGCUGCUUAAGUCUAAAGACAAGGCCAUUGCUGCCAUUAAGCACUUUCCGUUUAUUCUUUGUCAUGAUAUUGAAGGCAAAGUUGCCAUUUUACGUGAUCAUGGAGUGCCUGAUCCUAAUAUUGCUCUGUUUGUUAGAAGAUGGCCUCAUUUAUCAAUGUCAAAUCCAGAUAAAUUUAACCAGACUGUUGAGGUAGUGAAAGAGAUGGGUAUUAAUCCUUUGAAGUCACAAUUUGUUGUAGCAAUUGUUGCCGUGAAGAAAAUUGGGACGGACGUAUGGGAAAGGAAGGUUAAUCUUUAUAAGAGUUGGGGUUGUUCUGAAGAACAGAUUAUUGCAUCAUUUACAAAGUUUCCUUGGUGUAUGAUAGCAUCUGAGAAUAAAAUUUCUUCCGCAAUGGACUUCUUUGUGAACAAAAUGGGUUGGAAGGCAAAUGCUGUUGUGGAACGUCCAAUACUUAUUUCCUUGAGCUUGGAAAAUAGGAUUCUUCCUAGGGCUCCAGUGCUUCAAUUUGUGUUAUCCAAAGGUUUGCUUGAGGAGAAAGUUUCUAAGGUGGCUUGGAUGUUUACAUGUCCUGAAAAACGUUUCGUGCGGAAGUGUUUGACUUGGCAUAAAUAUGAGCCUCAGCUAUUGCAGCUGUAUAGAGGUAAGUUGGAUCUUUGUAAGGUGAGAGAAGGAUCAAUAUGAAGGUGAGAGAAGAUGCACCACUUGCAUAAUGUUUACAUCAUGAACAUGAUACCCCAACGGACUUCUAUUUUCUUUUUGUUAUGUAAUCACUGCUCCUGAGUGCCUCGGCUGGAUGCCAAGAAGUUCAUUCUUUGCAAUUCGAGAGAAGGAGCAGCAUGAAGGAUUGAGCAAGCGAGGUGAUGCAGAGCUAGCAAAGUGUUUAUACUUUACAUCAUUUUCAUCGUCUUUGUUAUUGGAUACAGUGUUUUUCUCUGACUUGCUUUAUUUCAAGUUCAACAGGUUAAUAAAAAUCUUAGUGAAUCUCAUUUUGCAGUUUGAUUCUCCUAUUUCUUGUUUUCAUGAUUGUAAUUUGAAGCAAGAGUUCAUCCAGAAUGGUAGAAACUCACCUUGUUUCAAGUUCUUAUCUGAUAGUUUCUAUUGAAAUCAAGUUCUGUUGAGAAGUACAGAUUGCAUAUACUGAUUUGCUGCAUCUCAUGCUGCCCUGAUAAGGAUCCAGGUUCAUGCCAUUUUCAGUGCAUCUUUAGUGACUUCAGAAAAGUUCCUUAGGAAUUUGUGUGCAGCUAUGAAGAGAAAACUCCUGAGCCAUUAAAGCUAUGUGAAUUCCCAUUUUAAUAUCCAGAUUUUUAUUUUCUUGUUAAUUUGAUUUAUAGUUGAAUUCUUUGGCUUCACUUGGAAUGGAGUUCAAGUUGCAAGCUUUUUCUGAUUUUCUUG